AUUUUUUUGUUAAGCGCAGUGCUGCCUUAUCAAGCACAACUAUGUGCAUUUCAAAAUGAAUUUAACAAAUAAACGAAAAAUAUUUAUUAAUGCCGCCUUAGUGGGGUUUAUGGUAGCCUUGGCAGAGGAGGAGGAGGAUAAUGAAGGACCCCAGCAGAGAGGUAUUCGUCGUCGAAAGUGUUGGGUCAAACAGUAUUUGCAGCAAAGAAAUGGAAGAGGAAAACAUGCAAAUUUUGAGAACUUGACGAAAAAUCCAACCCAUUUCUUCGCAAAUUUCCAUAUGAGCUUUGAUACUUUCCAAAGUUUGUUCUCCCUGCUGGAGCCUCAUCUUCUGCCAAAGAGAAUUUCCCGCGGAAAUGAUUUUAUACGCGUUGAGCUAAAGUUUGCCGCUGUCCUCGAGUACUUCGCCUUGGGGGGCCUGCAACGGGACGUCAGCUUCUCCUACAGGAUCAGCAAACAGCACUUCGGGUUGCUAGUCGCUGCUGUGUGUGAGGCCAUCGUCCAAGAGCUGGGCUGGGAGAUUCCGCAAUGGGAGAAGUACGCCGUCCUGGGAAGUGCUCUCGACUCUGAGAAGACCUGGAACUUGCCCAACUGCGUUGGAGCAAUCGGCGGCAAGCUGCUAGGAGUUGGGCCUCCAAUGAAGAACAGAGAAGAGAUGAGUUGCAUACCGAUUUUUGCCGUAUGUGACCCCUCCCUCAGAUUCACUUACCUGGACGUGGGCGACAUCCUCAGGGCGAACGAUCCAGAUCUUUUCGUCAAAUCAAACCUCGGAAAAGCAAUUCUAACAGAGAGUUUAUACUUUCCGGAGGACAGCUGUGUAAACGGGUCACCGAUGACAUACUAUGUGGUAUCCGGCGACGACACAUUCCCGUUAAUUAAGCGGAUUAUGAAGCCAUUCGAAUCGAAGAGCAUUUCCAGAGAAGAGCAACACUUUAACGAACGCAUCCACCACGCGAGCAGUUGCAUUGACAAGGCCUUUGGCCUUCUAAGUGCCAACUGGACGGUGAUGCGACGGCAAGCCAUGUGCCGCCCCGAAAGGGCCAAGCAAAUAGCAAGGGCCUGCUGCCUGCUCCACAAUUACUUGCUGCGUACAAAGCCAAAGGACUACACAGAUUGGUUGCCGGAGAACAACGAGGCCAUGAUUCCAAUAAACUCGGUCAUUACUCCAGGUGGCAAUGAGGAUUACCCCAAAUUGGUUAGAGAUAGCAUUAAAAAUAGUUUAAUUGUCAGGAAGGAAAUGGGUCAAGCGAGCCUACAAGCUCACAAACACGCUUAAAAACUAAAUCUUAUACAAAACUAAAA